AUGGCGGAGGUAGAGAGUUUGGACGAUGGUGAAGAAGUGUAUGAUGACGACGUCGGUGAAGAGAACGCAGAGGAUACAAAGUUCGAUAAAACGAUUGGUAUACUUCAAGAUAUUCUUCUAGAUCCCAAGUUUGUCGACAUGCAAGUCGAAUUUUGCCGCAACAAUUGCGAGAUUUUUGACGAUGUGUCAGAAAAUAAAUUAGUUUACAUGGAUAUAUUUCGACAAUAUACUGACCUCAUAGAAACAUUUAUUGAUGACCGUCUAAGCGAGACGCUUGAGCACUUCUCCAUGGAAGAGUUUUGCAGCCAGAUUCAAGAGCAUGAAGAGGAGAUUCCGCUGGAUGUGAUUGAUGUUUUAUUAAGCAGCUCGUGUUUUGAAGAAUUUAAAAGCCUGAUGCUUUCAUUCAAGCAAAACGAAGCCCCUUGCAUCGAGAUAACUGGAGACGCCCUUGUGUGUUGUGGCCAGUAG